ACAAAAGAAACAGAAAAAAAAAUGGAGAGUUUGGCUGUUCAGACGGUGAAUGCAAUUUGGUGGAUAGUUGUUGUAGGAAUCGUCGGCGUAGGAUAUCAUGUGUACGGUAGAGCGGUGGCGGAGCAAUGGAGGAUGCGGAGGAGUCUAAAGGUGCAAGGCGUGAAGGGUCCUCCACCGUCGAUCUUUAACGGCAAUGCGUCCGAGAUGCAGAGGAUCCAGUCAGAGGCUAAACACUAUUCUGGCGAUAACAUCAUUUCUCAUGACUAUUCUUCUUCUCUCUUUCCCUAUUUCGAACACUGGCGAAAACAAUACGGGAGGAUUUAUACAUACUCGACGGGGCUGAAGCAGCACCUUUACAUAAACCACCCAGAGAUGGUGAAAGAGCUUAGCCAAACAAACACACUUAACCUUGGCAGAAUCACUCACGUCACCAGACGCCUCAAGCCCAUUCUUGGCAGUGGCAUUACCACCUCUAAUGGGCCUCAUUGGGCCCAUCAACGUCGUAUCAUCGCCCAUGAGUUUACCCACGACAAAGUCAAGGGAAUGAUUGGUUUAAUGGUGGAAUCUGCGAUGUCAAUGCUGAGCAAAUGGGAAGAGAUGGUGAAAAGAGGAGGAGAAAUGGGAUGUGAGAUAAGAGUAGACGAAGAUCUUAAGGAUGUCUCGGCUGACGUCAUCUCUAGGGCUUGCUUUGGGAGCUCUUUUUCCAAAGGCAAAGCGAUAUUCUCUAUGCUUAGGGAUCUUUUGAUCGCCAUCACUCGACGCAGUGUCUUCUUCAGAUUCAAUGGCUUCACUGAAAUGUUGUUCGAGAGUAAGAAGCAUGGUGAUGUGAAUAUUGAUGAGCUUGAGAAGAAUUUGGAAUCUUCGAUAUGGGAAACGGUGAAGGAGAGGGAAAUGGAAUGCGUGGAAGCUCAGAAGAAGGAUCUAUUGCAGUUGAUACUUGAGGGGGCGAUGCAUAGCUGCUGCGAUGGCAGCUUGUGGGACAAGUCAGCCUAUAAACGUUUUGUGGUGGAUAAUUGCAAGAGCAUCUAUUUUGCCGGCCAUGAGUCAACCGCAGUCUCCGUGUCUUGGUGCCUUAUGCUCCUCUCUCUCAAUCCUAGUUGGCAGAUUCGAAUAAGAGAUGAAAUCUUGAGUUCUUGCAAGAAUGGCAUUCCCGACGCUGAAACCAUUCCCAAUCUCAAAACGGUGGCAAUGGUAAUCCAAGAAACAAUGAGACUAUAUCCACCAGCACCAAUCCUGGCAAGAGAAGCAGCCACAGAUAUAAAACUCGGAAACUUAGUGGUGCCAAAAGGAGUGUGCAUCUGGACCCUCAUUCCUGCCUUACACCGAGACCCUGAGAUCUGGGGAGCAGACGCAAACGAGUUCAAGCCAGAGAGGUUCAGUGAGGGAAUCUCUAAAGCUUGCAAAUACCCUCAAACAUACAUCCCAUUUGGCCUCGGACCAAGACUUUGUGUAGGCAAAAACUUUGCUAUGAUGGAAGUCAAGGUGCUUGUUUCACUUAUCGUGUCAAAAUUUAGCUUUACUCUGUCUCCCAAAUAUCAACACUCUCCAUGCCACAGACUGCUUGUGGAGCCUCAACAUGGAGUUGUCAUUAGGGUUUCUCGACUGUGAGAUCUUGUGUUAUGUAAUGCCUUGACUUUGACAAUGACUAGC